AGCCUCUGCUUCGUGCCAUGGAUCCACCCCAGACCUAAGCCAGGUCUCCAUUUGUGCAAUUCGAGGUUGAUGGCCGAGGAGCUUGACUUUGAUUCAAAGGAAGACUAUGAGCUGUACAAAAGGCUCAUGACGGAGCGAGGCCGCAUCCAGCGAAAGGAAGAGAAAACCAGACAGACAAAGGCUUUGAAAAUUCAACAACUGCAGAAAGCGGAGGACAGAGAGCGAGGAUUUCAGCUUCAUUUUGCUGGUGCAAAUGAAGAUAGAUUGAAGGAGGCCAGGAGAAGGCAACAAACUUCGCAGGUUCCUUCAGCUGGUGGCAUGGAGUCACACAAAAAAGAGUGGCAGUUGAAGACAGUGGAACUACCUGGAAAGGAUGGAGCCGUAUAUCGCUCGUCUCCUCAUGAGAAAAGCAGCCAGGGCAGUACAGAUAAGAUCAACGAAGAGAUCCAAGAGGGGCUUCAGCAGGAAAGCCGCCCAAGCAGCGGUUGCAGCAACCCUGGACUUGACCAGGAUACACGGGGAGUGCUGCACAUGAUGAAUGCAGCAAACCAUGAGCAGCUCUCCUGGCUUCGGCAGUCUUUGACGAGUCAAUUUGAGCAGAGGGUGCAGAGUGCGGGAUCAGGGCUCCCUCCGCAACCAAACCGCUCAAGCAGGCCAACUUCGGCUUCUUUGACUUCGAUAGCAGACGCCAUUCAGGAAGAGAAUGCUCGAGUGAAGCAGCUGAGUGAAACCCUUGAGGAGGCCGUUGCAAGUGCUGCAAGCAGGCCAGGUGACUUCACUUCGGGAGGAUCGCGACCUUCGUCGAGAUCAUCUCGAAGCAGACUUCCACUCGGACCAGAGGAAGCUGCACAAGCCGCACCUCCAUCAGUCAUUGCAAAGGUGCAGGCCCCACCAAUUGCUGCUUCCAUUGGUGGUAGUGCUGGCUAUCCAGGACUGGGACCCAUUCAGCAACCACAACCGAUUGCAGCAGAGCCAAGGCAGAGCAGUGCGGUGACUCCUUCCGCGGAUGUGCGCGGUUUCCCUGAAGAAAUCUUUGAUCGUGUCAGCCGACUGGAUCAAAGGAAGCAGAAGGCCCUGCUCAAAGUCUUGGAAUCUUUGGAGGCAGAUCAUCCAAUCUCUGUGCCUGCAGCCCCGCCUGCAGCCCUGCCUGCGCCACCGCAGCGGGAUUCGCAACCAGCACAGGCUUUGGAUCUCUGCUUGAGGGUGACUUCAAACUGGGGUGACAGCAGGCAGUGCGGACUCUCACUGAUUGAAGCUUUGGACUCUGAAGCCGAGGUGAUCAAAAUUCCCCCUGCUGCGCUAUCUCUUCAUGGUGCGCUACAAGGAUCAACAACACUGGCUCGAGUUGUUGAGGGGAAGCCUAACUCUCAAAAGCCACUGUGGCUGGCAACAGUGUGCCAAAGAGCACAUGGAGAUGGAUUUGAACCAAUUGAUCUGAAGCUCAAUCUGCCGAGUACCCGCGUGGCUGCUUUGCGGAUCUGGAAUUUCAACUCCCAAGAUGGGCUCGCAAAAGGAGUUCGGGAUAUCGAGGUUUGCCAGGGGAAUGCGCAGAUUUGGACCGGCCAACUGCCCAUGGGCAACGGUGGAGCCGUGGUACCCAUCUUGGUUCCGAUCAGUCCAGGUUUUUCAGAAGACUUGGCUUUGGCCAGAUUCAAGGAUGAAACAAAGUCAUCCUCGAUUCUGCAACAGGACUUCGAGCAGAGUGAUCGGCCCUUUUGGCUUAUGCAUGAACAACAGAGGCAAGUCGAUGCUCAAGGCUGGGCGCAAAUGAGAUCUCAUCCACGACUCGAAGAUGAGCAAGAAGAGUUGCUGCAGUCGUUACAAGCCCUGGAGCUUUUUCGCUCUUCACAGAGCAGAAGGUUUUUUUCUGACCGACGAUACAGUGAAUGUGAGGAGUCCCAGCAAGGUCUGGAGCCUGCUCCACCAGCUCCAUCUCCUAUCCCCACACAGAUGGAUGAGGCCCAUUUGGAUCAUGAUUUGGUGGCUGAGGCCGCUGCAAUGGGUCUGGACCUUCCUGUGCGAACGUUCAACGGCACUGACGUGUUGGACAGCCUCAUAUCCACGGAUCCAGCUAUGGGUUCGUCCCUGCUGACCGACCAGCUUGGCCAAUUCCAAAGCGUGGUGAUCCCGACCCUACCGUCUGGAAGGCAGCUUGUUUUCAACUGUGUCUCCACCUGGGGUGACAAAGACUUUGUUGGCCUUGCAGGGAUCGAGCUCUUUGAUGGACACGGAUUUCCAGUGGUUCUAAAAGAUGUUGGCCGCCAGGUCACUGCAGACCCUCAUUCUAUUAAUGUCCUGAGUGAGUACGACCAUGACCCUAGAACUCCCGACAAACUCUUCGACCAGGUCAACUUGACUCGAGAUGACUUGCACGUUUGGCUAGCACCCUUUUUCCCUGGACGUGCUCACACGAUCACCGUAGACAUGGACUGCAAGACGGAGAUCAGUAUGAUCCGAGUGUGGAACUACAACAAAUCUCGACUGCACUCCAGCCGUGGUGUGAGGGACAUGGAGAUUUUGCUAGACGGUAUCCCAAUCUUCAUUGGGGAGGUUCGAAGAGCACCAGGAGUGCUCACCCAACCUGAAGAGGCCUGUGAAGUCAUCCUCUUUACGCAAGAUGAGUCGGUUCUUGAGGCUGUUGCGGAGCAUGACUGGCUUCCAGCUUGCCUGCCUGCUGAUUCCGAGGAUGAGGAGUCUGCAGAGGCAGUUGAGAUCCAGGUUGAGGAUGGAAGGCCACCAACGGCAGGUUUGCAGGUGUGUGCUGACUCGCCAAGGGGACAGAAGACUCCUCGGGCUGGCUUGGACGGACGUCCCAUGACUCGAGCUACAGAGCGGCAGCCUCGUGGCAAGGUGUGCAGCAGCCUCACGUUCACUGUGCAUUCCACAUGGGGCGACCAGUUCUAUGUCGGUUUGACAGCGCUCGAGGUUCUUGACAGCUCACUUAGUCCGAUUCCAAGGGAUGAGGUAAAGCUAGACGCAGUCCCAAGAGAUUUGAAUGACUUGGAGGGAGUUGAUGAAGACACUCGUAUCCUGGAGAACAUCUUCGAUGGGGUUUGCUGCACCACAGAGGACUCCCACAUGUGGCUCGCUCCUUUCAUCAAGGCACCUGCAGGAAACUCAAGCUGUGAUUCCGCGGAAGAGAUACAGCGAAAUACGAUUCACAUUGGCUUCGCGAAGCCUUGUGAGGUUGCGGGAUUCAACAUAUGGAACUACAACAAGAACGAGGAGGACACAAGCCGAGGUAUUCGAGAAUUCUCAGUCCACUGCGAUGACAGGUACAUUUCGACAUUCCUCUGCCGGAAAGCACCAGGCCACACGCAUUUCGACUUUAAGCAGCUUGUUCUCCUCGACCAACCUCCCUCUGAAAGUGUGAGACGGUCGGCUCGAGCAGUUGCUCGUUUGCCAUCUCGAUCUGCAAGCAAAACUGCGGGGGCGCAAAAACCGCCUUUGGGUCGGCCCCCGAGCGGAUCGGACAGGAGAGCCAAUGCGGACAAUCUCAUACACUCACCUUCCCCAAACGGACAUGAACUUCGACAGCAGUACGAGACGCCUUUGCACCCUUGCGGCUUCGUUUUCAAGUUCAUGUUCUUGAGCACUUGGUCUGACGUCCACUACAUCGGGCUCGAUGGCAUAGAGAUCUACGACACAUCUGGGCGAGGAUUGAGGCCAAAGAGAGCCUACUCGAACUAUGGAAGCGUCAGGGACUUGCCUGGGAUGGAGGCAGAUGUCCGAUCGGAGGACUCUCUUCUGAAGGGAACACCGCAGAAUGCACGAAUGUGGCUGGCACCAUAUUACCGGCAGCCGGCCAACUUCGUAGAGCUGGUGUUUGACCAGCCCACGCAAAUUUCUGUGAUCAAGUUCUGGAACUAUUCCAGGACACCUGCUAGAGGAGUUCGAGAUGUUGAAAUCUAUGUCGACGACCUGAUCAUUUACCAAGGAAUUCUACGUCAGGCAUCUGGUCAAGAUGGAGGUGAAGCAGUUCUUUUCACUGAUCAGCCUUCAAUCUUGGAGAGGGAGCGUUCCCUCGUUUAUCAGCCAAGUCCAGAAGAUCUCAUUGCUUUCUUCGAUGAAAGUGGCCAGUGGGAUCAGCGCACUGGCAACCAUAUACCAGAUUCAUCACAACCUGAGCGACCAAUGACGGCUCUGACUGUUAGUACAAGAUAGAAUCGACAUUGUUUCAUGUGCAACCUAGAUAUUUUGACUCUUUGCGACGCUAGUGACCAGG